UGAAGAUCAGAGUACUCAAAAUGGAAUGAAACGAAUUAAUAAAUAUAGCCAUAUAAAUAAUUAUAUAGCUAUAUUGUUUUUUUUUAAAAGGUCGCUAGGCUUUUUCUGGAGGGGCCAGAGAGAGCGUUCCUCGUUUCCAGGGGAACAUUACGAAAGACGGACUGUCAUUUGUAAACAGUCCCACGUGUGCCAACGAUGACGUAGCUCAUGGUGUCAACAGGAUGAGCUAUAAACAGCCUGUAACUCAGGCAUCUCUACACGAAUUGAACAUUCUUUUUACAUCGAACCUCUAUUCAAAUUGUAAAUAUAGAGACAGCCCUGGGUGUAGCUAUGAAAUUGCUAUUUCUUGCAUGCCUCAGUCCAAAAACGGGAAACUGCACCACAGCCGAGAGAAUAAGGGCACACAUUGAAUCAGCGGGUCACACCUGUGAGCUUCGAGAUGCUGCGGAUUUCAAGUCAUCGGCGGAGGUGGCCAGUUUGAUAGAACAGAAGCCACCCUUCGAGGGUGCUAUUGCCAUUCACCUGUUCAAAGGAGGCAGGCUCCUUCUAGGUGAAGCUACAGUACCUUCAGAAAAUACUCAAGUGCCCUUUGGAGUCGUCUUUGGCGGAACAGACAUUAAUGAAGACGUGAAAGUGGAGCAGAAGCGUGCAGUUAUGGAGCAGGUGUUGCUGAAAGCCAGAUUUGCUGUUGCAUUUACUGACAAACUGAAAGCAGAGGCUGAAGUAUUUCUGCUGUCCCAAAGCAGCAAAAUCUACGUCCAGCCUCAAGGGAUCAAGACUGAGGCGGCUCAGAGUUUCUGCUGGAGUGAAUUUCUAAGGCGCUCAGGUGUGAGUGGGGAGGAUGUGGAGGACCUGCAUGUGUUCCUACUAGUCUGUGGCCUGAGGAGAGUGAAGGAUCCUCUCUAUCUGCUGGAGGCAUUCUCAGAGUGGCACACUGAGAAUCCCCUGGUAGUGCUCAUCAUCAUCGGACCUAAGAUUGAUCCUGUGUUUACUGAAGAAGUAGAAGCAAUCAGUAAAAGGUCAGCGGGGGUUUACCUGGCCCAGGAGAGAAGCCAAGAGGAGCUUCAUGCUGCUAUGAGGAGGUCAGCUGCCCUGGUGAACAGUUCAGUCUCCGAGGGGAUGUCCGCUGCCAUUUUAGAGGCAAUGGACCUGGAGGUACCGGUGGUGGCUCGUGACAUCCCAGGCAACACAGCGGUGGUGCAACAUGAGGUCACUGGUCUGCUCUACUCGAGCCCUCAGGAAUUUGUGCGUGUAUCUCAGAGGCUGCUGGUAGACGGAGAGCUGCGGGAGCGUGUGGUGGUGAACGGGAAGCGCUAUGUUGAGGAGCACCACAGCCUGGACCAUGAGAGGGAGGCCUACCAGAGGCUGGUGGACACGCUUCGCUAAGGCUGUACAGAAUAACCAGGUCCUCUGUCUCAACCUUACUUUCUCUCAGGAACAACUCCAAGGGCUCUAUUCGAUUCAUCGAUACAGAUUCAAUAGAGCCCUAAGUUAGUGACACAGGCGGAACUACACAAGCAGAAGAUACAAAUCCAUAUCCAGUUUGGGUUAGUGCUAUCCUGGAUCCUUGGGACAUACAGUGGGGCAAAAAAGUAUUUAGUCAGCCACCAAUUGUGCAAGUUCUCCCACUUAAAAAUAUGAGAGAGGCCUGUAAUUUUCAUCAUAGGUACACUUCAACUAUGACAGACAAAAUGGAGAAAAAAAAACAGAAAAUCACAUUGUAGGAUUUUUUUAUGAAUUUAUUUGCAAAUUAUGGUGGAAAAUAAGUAUUUGGUCAAUAAUGAUCCUCAUCCCUCAUCAUGAGACAUUUCCUCAAAAUCCCCAGAAUGAAUCUAAGAUAACUCCAGAAAUCUUUCAUUAAUUUUGAUGUUUUUGCUGAGGAAGUUUUAGUUGUGCAAUUUUACAUUUAACUAAGGUGUUUGGUGCAGUCUAAAAUCAAAAAUCAAAUGGGCACUGUGUUGUCUCAUGCAAACAAAGUCGGAGCCGCUGGGCAGGUCUGCCUCACUGUCUAUGCUAUUGGAUAGAGAGCGAUCACCGCAGCUGUUCACCCCGUAUUAAUGGGAAAAUGGGCAUCGUCAAAUCAAAACCCAACCUCCAACCGUUUUGACGGGCGGAUGUUCCAGACUUUGUUUUAGACGAGACUGACUUAAUGGCCAAAAUGAUCCAAUUGAUUAUUUUUAUUUGAUUUUGACACUAGAAUAACUGUUUCUGACUCAUAUCGAUGCCAUGUUUUUAAAGGGAUUUGUUGCUUUUUAAAGGCAGUCGCUCUUUAACCAUUUUACAUUUCAACUUCAAUGGAGUUGGGAUGUUCCAAACAUCCCGGAUAGCAAAGACCAUCCAGUUUGUCUACAAAUUAAUAAUUGACAUGUUGGCUUCACGUGUAGACAUCAACAAAACAUAUAUGUUUACAGAAUGCUAUUAAAUCUAAUCAAACUUGAAAUGCACUUUAAACAAAAUUUGAUUUUAUUUAGUCCUUUACAUUUCAGUCAUUUAGCAGAUGCUCUUAUCCAGAGUGACUUAGUUUGUGCAUUCAUCGUAAGAUAGCUAGGUGGGACAACCAUAUUUCUCAGUCAUAGUAAGUCGAUUUUUGCUCAAUAAAGUAGCUAUCAGCAAAAUAAGUGCUACUUUAAAAUUUAAAAAAGGAAAACAUUCAAACUUUUUAGUAUUUUUGGUUGAGAUGGAAGCGUGAAUCCAAAAUGUCAAUGAUUAACUUGAAGAUUACUUUUGAAAUCAACCAAAGCUUGAAACUCUAGGCCUUUAUGUUUUGUCUAUUUUUUGUUGAACCCUGAGUUGAAUUGAAACAAUAUCUGUUGAUGACUGCUGUACGUAUUGGCCCAAAUAGUAUCAUUGAUGCAUUUAAUGUACUCUGUUAAACCUACCCUUUGGAAGGACUUUGAUAACAACAGUGGAUAUAUUUAAUUAUUAAGAGAUCACAACAAUCAUUCUCACGAUAGCAUAUUGGUAGUAGUCAGUGAUACAUUUACAUUUAAGUCAUUUAGCAGACGCUCUUAUCCAGAGCGACUUACAAAGCUAAGCAGGGCUGAGCUUGGUUAAAACCCUGGAUUGGAGACUAAAUGAAUAGCUAUAGAUAGAUCAAUUCUCCAGUAAGAGGUGCUGCCCAGCCUAUAGUUAUUUUUCUGAUAGUUGAUAUAAUGUUGAAGAUCUGACGUUGUUUCAAAAAGACACAAAUUCAACAUAUUUUAUACAUGGUUUUUGGAUGUUGAAAAUUGGUCACAAUGAUGACAUAAUCCUGUGGUUGAAAUUCCACCCUCAAAACAACUGUUUACAUAUGACUUUUUUCAAAUCUAUUCCACACAGAUUCCAUGUCACAAUACACAUUACCUUGAAACAACAUUGAUGCAACCAGUUUGUGCCCAGUGGGAAAGGCCUAAAGAGGUGCUUGCAUCCAUAAAGGGAUAAAUAGCUUUAAUGAUCAGGUAUCAUUUCUGAAGUCUUUUCUGGCUCUCAAGCUUUAAAGGCAGACUCAGCGAAAUGAUGUUGCCACGAAAACACCGCAGAUAUUGAGAUGAGCGAUGCAAGACCUCGCUCUCACACAGUCACACCCCACUGGGCACACACUGGUUGAAAUCAACGUUGUUUCCACGUACUUUAAAUUAAAUUACGUUAUACAAACGUGGAAUAGAUGUUGAAUUGACGUCUGUGCCCAGUGCGACACAGUAUCUGCAUGGGUGCGCUUCACGCUGUUGCACCUUGGUAGCUUAGUUGUUGAGGAAAUUGACCCACUAUGCUGUUUACUUUCGGCGUGUAUGUCAUAUCGCUGAGUCUACCUUUAAUUCUAUGCGGACCAAUCUACGCAGCACAAUUGAACUUGAUUAGCGAAAUGUACUUUUAAGUGCUAGAGGUGGAGGUUACUUUAUUUGAAAGCACAUAUGUAGUCUUAUUGAAUGAAUGGUGAAAUGGUGUCCAAUAAAAGAAGUGCUGUGACUCUGUCAUGUUUACUCUACUUAUUAUUUAUUAUUUCCAAACAGCCUACAGAAAACCUUUUUGAAAUUGAUUAAUUACAUUUUUGUAAUGAAAGUUGAUCAAUGCUGUUUACUUAUGUAUCAUUUUCAAUAAAAUAUGGUUAAAUGGUG